AUGCCAGACCGUGCCCUUGUUGAGUUGAUUACCCGCCGUGUCGUGGACAGACUGACGACGGACCAAGCGUGUAGUGGUUGUGCUUUGAGAAGUUGUGAUGCCGGAAACCGCGCAUGUGACGCUGUCACACAACAGCAACAGAUUCCCGUCGGGGUUUCAGCACGACAUGCCCAUGUAACACAGGAGCACCUUGAGAUUCUUUAUGGUGCCGGAUACCAACUCACCGUCUACGCGCCUCUAUAUCAACCAGAAGCGUUUGCAGCGAAUGAGACACUGACCAUCGUCGGAAAACGGAUGCGUGCUAUUGAAGCCGUUCGUAUCCUUGGGCCCGUACGCGAUUACUCCCAAGUAGAAGUUGCGCAAACAGAAGCGAUUCGGCUCGGCUUAAGCCCUCCUAUUCGAGACUCAGGCGACCUUGCUGGUGCCGAACCUAUUACCCUUAUCGGGCCCGCAGGAAGUGUCUAUUUAGAGGAAGGGGCUAUUUGCGCUGCACGGCACAUCCACAUGACACCAAGUAAUGCUGACGCACUUAAUAUUCGCGAAGGAGAUCUUCUAAAGGUACAUUUCUCUGGUGAGCGUGCCUUGACGCUUGAAAAUGUUCGUCCGAAAAUUUCUGAAGGUUAUGUGCUUCAGAUGCACUUAGACACUGAUGAUUCCAAUGCCGCAGGUUUGAAGGGUGGCGAACCUGUUGAAAUCAUGCGUUAG